AUGGCUCCCUUAGAGCAUCCCUCCAUAUACGUUCGUAACGCACGUCAAGAGGAAGCAGGACAGCGGGCUUUUAUCAUUGCUUGUUCAUUAACUGGCACUGGAGUCCUCUUAACCGUCAUCAUUUUUAUAGCUGGCUAUAUCUGGCACUAUCGACUUGGAGGCCGACGAUCGAGACUGUUGUCACAUCUCAAACCACCCCGGGAAGCGACUUGGGCCAGCGCUGGAUAUGAUAACAAUCGGGUUUAUGAGUUACCUGACCAACUCAUCAAGCUGACGCCAUGCGUGUUCCCUUUAAAAUCAAAACAGCCAGACACCAUACAUCAUCCACCCCCGCUCCCGCCUUCUCGAUCCCUCCAACAGCCGAACCCACCAAGUUUCCAUAACCGAUCGCUCCCUGGAUUUCAAUGGAAACGAAAAUGCCCACCUAAACUCGAGCCCUUGCCAGAGGCGGAGUCCUUUACGCACACCACUGUCCGUGAAUUUGACAGAACCCUGAAUAGACCAUCCACUUUUGAGCACAAAGAGUACGACCCUAGGGAGUUUCGUGGUUCACUUGAUGAACUAUCAACCGUAUCAAAUCACUUAAACCUAUCUACAGGCCUGACACGGACCGUACUAGCUCACACGUAUUCGGAUGACUCCUGUCAUUUCAUGGACAACGCGAUCCCAAGCCCUUCUCUAUAUUUCUCAGCUAGUGUCGAUGUCGAAUCUUUGGUUUUCCCAUUAGACGCCAAGAAGACCGAAUCCUGUCUAUUAUCAAGAUCAAGGACAAAGAGUAGCAGCGUCAUUUUGUUGCCAGGAAGCAGUCCUGAAUCCAAAAAGGGUGCAAUUACCGGAAGCAAGCCAUUGCGAGUAACUCCAUCCAUCAUAUCUCGCUGGCGGAGAGUCCGCGAUAUGGCUGACUAUCAGAGUGAAGAACCGUGCUCAUCCGAGUGUGCUACAUCGCCUGUCUGGUCAGAUCAUUGUUCGGUGCCGAGUAGUCUUCGAAUGGAUGAGAAGACCGAAAGAUGA